AUGAAUUUCAUUGUAUUUCUGGCUUGUUUCACUCUGAGUGUGGCCUUUGCAAACUGCCAAUUUCUCUGCCGCGCGCGAAUAAGUGAGUCAAAGAGAUUUCUAGUCAUUCAGCGAUCUUAAAAACAAUUUCCAGGCAAUCCGACAUGUUUUGGACCCAGAAACGUUGGAACUGCGCUUGGAUUUGCAUGUGCUCUGAACUUCACGCCCCGAAUUUGGUACUUCAACGGGGAAUCCAGGAGAUGCGAAACGAUGCCGUACCUCGGAUGUGGAGGGAACAGUAAUAGAUUCUGCUCGCUUCAAGACUGUCGACUCAACUGUUUACAAUUUAAACGUUAA